AGCUACAAAGUGGGCAUGUCAUUUUGACAGCGGCGUUAAGAAACGUCAACACCAAUCCAGACAAAAACUGGAAACGUUUUUUUUUCUUCUGUCAUUUCUUCUGGAAAAUGGUCACUGGACAGAUUCGCCUUUCUUGUUACAUUUCAGCGAUUCGCAGAAGACACUCGCGCAGCUAAGCGGUCUAAAUUGUUUUAGACGGAAAGUGCGGGGGAGGACGCAAGAGAAGAGCAAUGCCUGUGGAAAGUGGAAGCAGUGCGGCCCGGCAGGCCAAGCAGAAACGCAAGUCACACAGCCUCUCGAUCCGCCGGACCAACAGCACGGAGCAGGACCGCGCGGGACUGCAGAGAGACCUGCUGGAGGGACAGGACUCCAAACUGCCCCUGUCUCUCCGCAACACCCUCCUGGACCUGUUCGGCCAGAUCGAGAGGGAGUUUGAGAAUCUCUACAUCGAGAAUAUCGAGUUGCGUAGGGAGAUUGAGACGCUGAACGAGCGUCUGGCGGGAGAAGGCCAGACCAUCGAUGGAGGAGACCUGACCAAGGGAGCCCUGAAGGCAAAAGCGAGCCAUAGCACAAGUCAGCUCUCUCAAAAACUGAAGACGACAUACAAGGCUUCCACAAGCAAGAUCGUCUCCAGCUUCAAGGCCACCACGUCCCGGGCCGUGUGCCAGCUGGUGAAGGAGUACGCUGGGCACCGCGACGGCAUCUGGGACCUGAGCAUCACCCGCAUCCAGCCUGUCAUCCUGGGGGACCGCCUCGGCCGCUGUGGUAAUGUUUCCGCAGACCACAGCGCCAUGCUCUGGAGCAUCGAGACUGGGAGGUGCCUGCUCAAGUACAUGGGCCACGCGGGAUCAGUCAACUCGAUCAAGUUCCACCCAACUGAACAGAUGGUGCUGACAGCGUCGGGGGACCAGACGGCCCACAUCUGGAGGUACAUGGUGCAGCUCCCUGCCCCUCAGCCGGUGACGGACAUCAACGCUCCGUGCGAGGAGGACGUGGAGUUCUCGGAUAAGGAUGAAGUGGAGGGGGAGGGGGAGGGCCCCAGCGAGUGCCCCACCCUCAGGGUGGCCUGCACUACCCUGAAGAGCCACCAGGGGGUGGUGAUCGCCGCGGACUGGCUGGUGGGCGGCAAGCAGGUGGUCACGGCCUCCUGGGACCGAGCCGCCAACCUGUAUGAUGUGGAGACGUCCGAGCUGGUGCACACGCUGACAGGUCAUGACCAGGAGCUGACGCACUGCUGCACCCACCCGACUCAGAGGCUGGUGGUGACGUCAUCACGAGACACCACCUUCCGCCUGUGGGACUUCAGAGACCCCUCCAUACACUCCGUCAACGUCUUCCAGGGCCACACCGACACGGUGACCUCAGCAGUGUUCACGGUGGGUGAUAACGUGGUCUCCGGGAGCGACGACCGCACGGUCAAGGUGUGGGACCUGAAGAACAUGAGGUCUCCCAUAGCAACCAUCCGCACUGACUCCGCUGUCAACAGAAUCAGCGUCUCUGUGAACCAAAGAAUCAUCGCUCUUCCCCAUGACAACCGGCAGGUGCGUCUGUUUGACAUGGCGGGAGUACGACUGGCUCGCCUCCCACGGAGCAACAGACAGGGGCACCGGCGCAUGGUGUGCUGCACGGCGUGGAGUGAGGAGAACCCCGCCUGUAACCUGUUCAGCUGCGGGUUCGACCGGCAGGCCAUCGGCUGGAACAUCAACAUCCCCGCCCUCCUGCAGGAGAAGUGACCGCCCGGCUGUGAUGUUUUAAACGCUGAGAACAUACACCCUGACCCCCCGCCCCAUACCCCCGCUGUGACACUGCACUGAUUUAAACUAGAACACCCCUCCCCACACACCCCACCCCCUCCCACACAUUUCUGUUAAGCACUGCUAACAGAAGAUCACGCUGAAGCCACCUGAUGUGAAAGCUAAGCUUUUAUAAAAAAGGAAAAAAAAGCUGUUGUUCUUGUUGUUGUUGUUGUUGUUGAGUUAAACAGAGGUCUUGUACACCGUGACUUAUGAUGACGGUGAUGAGGUAGAGGAUGCUGGGUAGUUCUGUGGAGAGGAGGCGCGCAGUGCUGGAAUAUCAGAAUAGCGCUCAUAUCUGCUGUAGCCUCCAGCUUGUGUAGUCGUGUAGGACUGAGCCACACAAAACCAGCAGCUCAUUCGCCAUCACUAGGCUAUGGGCGGAGCCAGGGUCCUGACGGGCCAAUAGUGGGGUCACAGUGCGCUAGCUAGCAGCCUGCUCCUGUGUGUGUGUGUGUGUGUGUACCUCUAGGACCUGACAGCGUUACACAUACACUGCAAAACACGUGACCGUCUUAACAAGCAUUUUAGUCUUUUAAUAAGACUUUUUUUUCCCCCCAAAUAGAAAAGAUUAGCUUGUUCGCUAAUUAGUGUUAGGUAAUGUUUGCUUGACAAGUGCAUUAUUAUAAUUUUUUUUUUUCAUUGGUAAAUUUUUUAAUGAGUCAAACUGUCUUACUUCAUUGGCAAUAUUUUCACCUUGUUUAGCAAAAAAGUAAUUAAAAAAAGAAGAAAAAAAAUGAUUUUAUCCGGUCACUUCUGAAACGUCUCAUUCGCUUUUCGGGGGAGGGGACACGCCCUACGUCGUUGUCUGCACCUCUCGGAAAAGGGUGCCGUUUGUGAUCCUUGCCGUUUUAGGAAUAGGGCAAUAACAGUACCACUCGUGUCCUUGUGUCAAGACGUGUGUGUGUGUGUGUGUUUCCGGUCCCUGAGGUCCGAGCUGUCGUGCCGUGAGGUUCUGUGUCCGUGGAAAACUCCACAGCAUCAUUAUAAUGCAAUAACUGUACCCCGCUUGCGUGUGUCCACCAUCUUGGAUUUAAUAUGCUUGACGAAUAAGAAAAAAAAAAAAAAACGAAACACUCAAGCAAUGCUGUAGUAUGUAUCUGUUGGGGGGGGGGCGGGGGUUCAGGUUGUGUGUUAACUUUUCCCCUUCAGCUGAAAAUUCAAACACCCCUCCGGUCUCAUCGACACUCCUGUGUCUCGGCCGUUCCUCCGGAGCCGGAGAGUCGCAGUAGAAGCCGUGACGGUAGCUGUCCGGUUCCGCCCGCGCUUCGUGUGCUUCUCUAGCGUGUUCUUUUUGGCGUGUUCUCGCGUGUGUGGCCGUUAAAUGUUCGGUUUUAGAUCAGUAUUUCGGCUGCGGGAAGACGCGCCUGCGGCAUAUACUCCAGCUGUUGUUACAAGCGCCUGUGCCGUGUUUGGGUCCGUAGCUCUGGUUACCACGGCGACAAUCCCCGUCGCAGUGGUAGAUGGGAAACGUAGUUUAAUAGAGCAGCAAAGUGUAUGUAAAUAGUCACCACUUAGGAGAAUCACCACUUAGGAGUAGAAAAAAAAGAAAAAAGAAAAAAAGGAAAACAGUCCUUUCUUUUGUCACGUGCUUUGGACCUCGUCGUCAAACCUUGAACUUUACCCAUUACUUUACCCUCCGCUGUUGAACAUAUGCAUGCAUGCCCUCGUCAGUCCUUAUUAAUAUAUUGCCGUAGAGGACCUAGAAUCUUCUGGAACUUUGUGAAAGUUCGGUCAGUGUGCCGUGACGAAAGGAGUAUCUUCAAAAGAAAGGACAGCCUAAAAAAAAAUAAAAAGGCCUGUUUGUGCUGCAGUGUUUGGGUGUCGGACAUUUAAUUUAGCGUAAUUUGCGAAGGUUUCGCGUUUGCCUAAGUUUCUGCAAGUAUUUUACAGUUCAUUAAUGGCGUUUUAUAUUGCAUUUUUAAAAAAUGUGCUUUUCUUAUUUUGCCCCCCCCCCUCCCCUUUUUUUAUUUUAUUUUGAGGGAUGUCUACCUUUUACAAAAUAUCUAGGAUGGAUUUAAGAUUUGCUGCCUAUCACUGCUUAUGUUUUAUGCUGUUACACCUGACUUUUUAAUGCUUAAUAUACAUGAACAAAAUCUUAUUUACAGUGGCAAGGCUUUUGAGUUUUUGGAUGUUCCCCCAGGUAGUGUGUGUGUGUGUGUGUGUUUGUGUGUGUACGUGUGUCUUAGACCAUAGAUACCUGCUGCCAAAUACUUAGCCGUCAAUCGAUCAAUCGGGCGAGUUGCGGCGAUCGUAAGUGGGAAUGACGUCUUUCUUUCGCUGCCUGUUCUCACCGCCCCGCUGCCUGUGUCUCUGAGCCAGAGUAGGAACCACUCACCACUACGUGUCCCUUAUAGCAGGUCUCUGUUGUCAAUAGUAUUCUGUGAGGACUCCCAUUUCAGUCGCAAGGUCCGCACAGAUGUCAAUAACCUUUUAAAUGAGCACAAAAUGGCCACCGUCAGCCGGUUGGCGCCUGUAUAUGCUGUCUGUCGUUGCGACUGUAGAUCAUUUUUUAGUGUGCUGGAUCUCCUGACGAGUAAUCUGAUGUUUAAAAAAAAAAAAAAAAGAUGCUUUCAAAUGAACCUCGUUCAUUUCUAUCUGUUUUGAAAACAACUGUAAGUUUUGUGUGGAGAUGACUAUCCAAAGGCUAUAAAAUCCAAUAAAAUGUUACUUAUGUUUAAUACA